GGAAAGGUCCCUUUGUAACCCAUUGAGACCAAACGCGCUUGCACGGAAGGUGGCCCAAGCAUUUGAGGUGGGGGAGCCUUAAAAGGUGGUCGACUUAAAUGGCCAAUACAAAAUGAGCUGUGGUACAUCAAUUUCACACUUGCAGGGCGCCAUUGCGCGCGCAAACAGCUGUCGGCGUUUCCUCUACAACCAUGUUCUGUAGCCAUGGCAACCUCAGCCAAGAAAGAAAUGGAUACAUUUUGGGAUAAGAACACACAGCUUCAACGGCCGCUGUCUCCACACGUCUCCAUUUACAGAUGGUCUGUACCAAUGUUGAUGUCCAUCACACACCGUGGAACAGGAGUUGCUUUAAGUGGAGGUGUGUCAGCAUUUGCCUUGGCUGCAUUGCUUUUUCCUGGAGACUUUGCCACGAAACUAGAAUUUGUGAAAAACCUGGAGCUUAAUAGCACGUUGAUCUACAUGGGAAAAUUUAUAAUUGCCUGGCCUUUUAUGUACCACAGCUGGAAUGGAAUCAGACAUCUGGCCUGGGAUGCUGGAAAAGGAUUUAAGAUACCACAAGUCUCGCAGAGUGGAUACUUUGUGCUGGCACUGACGUUCAUCACAGCAGGAAUUGUGGCUGCCUUAUAAACCAUGAUUCACCCAAACAUGUUAUUAACUAAACAUGUAUCUUUAGAAUGUUAUUACAUUGGUCAUAUUUUGUUAAUUCACACAAGACAGUGGGAUCCUUUUGGACACAGCACUGUAAUGCAUAUAACAACUUGGUGAUAUGAAGAUAAGACAAAGAAGUUUUAUCUCAAUUUACUUUUCUGGACUUUUUCAGGACACCUAAAAUUCUCUCCAAUACUUAAUGUUGCCACACUUUCCGUUUAAAACUAUGAUCGUAGAAUGGCUAUUAAACAAAGUUAUAAAUUUAAAUUAAUGUAUUUCAAAGUGUCAACGUGUCUUUAAAAAGGUUGUUUGAAUAUAGACCGAAACAUGACCAUUUGGGGCACGCCAUCCUUUUGACAGGAUGCUUCAAGGUGAUUGAAAUCCUCAUCAAUAUGAAUUUUUUCCCACUAUUAGGCUUGCAUGGUUACAUGCAACCUUCGAGGGGAGGGUGGGGGGGGGACAAGGUGAACUAAUACAUUCUAAGCUCCAUUUACAAUCUGCCCCAAAGACCCACUGCAUUAUUUUAGGAUUAUAGAAGGUCAGUAAAUAAAACACUUUUCUUCAAAUAUAUCACCCUGCAAAUAUCUCCGCACCUCCGAUUAUCAUGGUUGGCUACGUAUGGUGCGAAAGAAGUUGAACAUACACAUUUGUCCCAGCAGUGCUGAAAUAGUGACGGUAAUUUGUACAGUGCAAUAACAUGGCAAGCCAUCCCAAGGACGCUCCACAAACGACAGACACAUUUUACAUUAGUGCUCAGUCCAUUGCGGUGGUAAAUAGGUGUCAGUCGUGGCUACUGAAGAGGAGAGUUUUGCACGCGUUUUAGAACGCCGGCAGCGACUUGGCCGCUUGCGCGUGCAGUGCCAACGGCAAAGGGGCGGUGGCUGAACAUCGUUUUCGUCGUGGGAACGCGCGGGUCACGGUGCAGAGCGGACCCCGGGGCGACGUUUGGACUCGUUGGCGGACACUGGGUACGCGGAUGUCUGCUCGGUAAUUGGCCUGCGGGGGUGGGUGUGGAGCUGAUCCAAUGCAGUGCCUUGUUGGUACACAGCCCAGGUUGGAAGUUGACACGCUGCCGGACCCGCAACCAAUGGUAGCUUUGUCGUGCGGAGAUCGCGUAUCGUGGUCAAGCUUCUGACUGCCGUAGAUCAUAACGGGAGACCGAAGCGGUGGUGGAAGGUUGCCCCAGGGCAAGGAGACGGUUGUAGUGGCCAACUCCGUAGACUCCCGAAAGAUUGUUUAUUUCAGGCUUCACGGCUCUCGAAGCUGGUGCUUUCACAAUGUUAGACAUUUAGCGCCUCUAAAAUAUUGGCUUAAAACUUUCGUGACUGCAGGAAUUAAUAUUCUAUGGUUCUUUCGGUAAAGUCACGUAGAAAGAACCAUAAAAUAUCCUCUCAAAUACUUGCACACGUAAAAGUCGUGGAGCUAACCGGUACAUGUCAGAUGGUUUGACAAUUUACCUUAACCAAAGUGUCAACGCAACGUUCCACAGCACACAGCGAGCUGAACGCGUUGUGUAGCUGUGAUGUCAACUCACGCAGGAGUUGACACUUCUCAAUAGGAAUGCAGGUGAUAUACAGUUAACGAAUAAUAUUGCAAAACACGAAAGCUGCGAAAAUGUGUUUAAACGGCAUUUUCUGGACAUGUUAAAACUACUUUCCAUUGAUGUGACAGUAAAAUUGAGCACAAUACAACGUGCAGGUUUAUUUCGCUUUAUGAGGGUUUUUUUGCGUAUAUGCGGAUAUCCUAUUUCUACCAAAAAAUAUGCGGUUUGAAUCCACUCAUGCGGUUGUGUGUACUGUCAGGGGUGGCCCGUCCAUUUAGUCAAACUAGGCGGUCGCCAAGGGCGCCAAGUUAAGUGGGGCGCCAAAUUCGAGGAAAAAAAUACAAAUAAAAUAACGAAGAUGCCAUUCUUUCAAUUUCCGUGCGCGUACAGAGGGAAUAUGAAUUAUAAUUAAUAUCUCAACAUUUCUGAGAAUGUAUUGGUUGGACAGACGGACGGACAGACGAAGCGAAUAAUUAUGCCUCAUUAAGAAAAUACGCUUUAAAAAAACAGUACACGCAAAAUCGGGGCAACAUUUUCCCAGUUUACCAAAAAAAACCUUGGCCUAGAUCUGCCUUUGGGGGUGGGACCCGGCUGUGUGCUGUGCUGUCUCCGUUACUUGGCAGGCAGCCGUCCCGUGCAGUUUUGCUUCGUGUGCCCCUUUUUUUAUUGGAACGCAUCCACCAAAUAAAGCGAGGGAAAGCUUUAUUUCUAUACUGGACGUAAAUAGAAGAUACAAAAAAACGGCAUUUUUUAAUGUAUGUUAUUGCAUUGCCAACGACUACCAUAGGUAUUUGUGCUUUAACUCCUAAUCAUAUGUUAAUGUUUAACCCAAGAGCAGAAUACAUAUGUAGCACAACCUUGACUGCCUUAUCAAAGGUGGUGUUAAAAAUUAAAGAUUGCAAGUUAGAAA